AGGUCAAACACAUCCGACUCGAUGUCGGACACCUCCUUCAACCCCAUGAAAGCCGACCUGGACAAGGGCGAGCUCAAACCCGGGAAAAGAGAUCGAGCCUUCACCUUGUUCCUUGAUUUGAAGCACGAGUAUACCAAAAGAUUUACUGACCUUCUGAAAGAGCACGUUCAGGUCCAUGGCUUCACAUGGGGAGAGCUGCUGAACUCGGAAACUGGCCGAAGGACCUGCGCUGAGAUCUUCGUCGACAAGCAUGGAACGACUUACUGGGGCUCCGAGGAGAACAGGCGCAAGUAUCUGAUGCCAGAUGCGCUGCAGAAUCCGUACAGCCUCUGCACCUACCCCGCCAGAAGGGAGGAGAUUAUUCGGACUGUUACGAUUCUUCUCGAACGGAAGGCCAAGGGCGCUCUGAGACCAAGCAUCGACAAGGACUUUCACAAGUGCGGAGAGGAUCGGACAUCAACUGAUGCUGAUGCUGUCAUACAGGACAUCGACACCCCUGCCCCUGUUAAGACCAUUGCAGACAUGGCCUCGAACAAUACAUCAUCCAGAAAGCUAAAACGCAAGUCCAGAGGCAUCUCGGACGAAGAAUACAGAGAAGCCGAUUCCGUCACUGAUGACACUGAUGCACACGGACAUUCCCCUCCUGUGAAGACGGAGCCGCACACCAGCAGCGACGUCAUGCCCACUCACUCCCCAAUAAGUAUGGAGCCCCCCACAAGCCGCAAGAAGAGAAAGUUUAGGGGCAAAAAGCAUUCACCCCAGAGGCAAGAGUCCGGGGAGCAGAUGAGUCUGGACGAGCCCCUUGAAGGCGGCAUCAACACCGCGAGCACCGGUACCUCCAUGGAUGACGUUUGGUUCCUUGUCACCGCGACCAGCCAGGAGGGCAUGGCUCCGGUCUGGGUGCGCUACUUCAACUUUAUCUCGACCGGCACCUUCAUCCACUACCUCAGACAGGAGUGUCGUCUGGACGACUGGAGCCCCUCCCGCCAGCUAACCAGCGACGUGAGCGGCCACCCGACCAUGAAGCCCGUGGUGGUCGCCGCCUCGGUCAAGUUCGAGUGGACGGACUUUGAGAUCCGCGUGCGUCAGAACAGCGAGGAGGACUGGGUGAUGGUGCAGCGCGAGCUGCAGAAGACCAUGGAGGGCCGAACCCAGCUCCUGGAGGAGUCUGAGUCCGGGUCGCUGACUUCUGCGUUCAAGAUUCGCGUCUUGCUGCACGUCGUC